AUGAAUAAAAUAAUAAAAGGGAAUUAAAAUAAGUAUUUUGAAUGGAUAACUUAAAAUAAAUAUAAAGAUUUAGCAUUAAAAUUAAAGGAUUAAGAAUAAUAAAAGUAAAAAUACAAUGAUUGUAGAGAUGAAGCUUUACAUUUUGAUGAAUAAAAUUUAUUAUAAUUAAAGGAAGAAAUUUUAGAAAUUCCUCAUUCAAGUUGGAAAUUUUUGAGUGAGACAAAACUUAAAAAAGAAUUGAUGAAUAUUUCUGCUAGUAAUUAUAUAGAAGUUUAUGAAAAUGGUAAAGGGUAUAAAAUAAUUAAAAUAUUAAAAGAGAUUAAGUGAUUUAUUUUGGAAGAUAUAAAAAUAAGGUUAAAGAUGGUUUAUGGUAAACAUUAUAUUGUUUAAAAUCUGGAAAAGAAUUGAUAGGAAUGUAUGAUAUUUUAAAAUUUAAAAUUAGAGGAGGUGGUUUAUAUAAAAAUGGUAUAAAAAUAGGAAAAUGGGUUGAAGUAUAUAAAUGUUUAAUAGUUAAUUAAUUAUAUAUAUUAGUUAGGAUAAAUUAAUAUUAUAUUAAGGAAAUUAUAGAAAUGGUAAUAAAAUUGGAUAAUGGAACUUUAAGAUUUUUGAAAAUUAAAAUAAGGAAACAUAAAUAAUGUAAAUAUUUUUAUUAAUUUGAAUAAAAAAGAGGAGGGGGUAUAUAUGAUAAUAAUACUGGGUUUAAAAAUGGAAUAUGGAUUGAUUUACAUUCUAGUUAUGAUAUGUAUUUAUUUAAAAUAUUUAGGGAUUGUAAAACAAUUUUAAUUGGAGAAUAUAAAAAUGGAAUAAAAUAAGGAUUUUGGAAAAUAAAAUAAAAGAUUGGAUUAUAAUAAUAAAAAUUUUGUUAAAUGUAAAUAUUUGAUUAUAAAAUAUAAGUGGAGGAGGUAAUUAUAAUAAAAAAGGUUAAAAAAUAAAGAAAUGGAUUGAUUUACAUGAAGAUUUUGAUAGGUUUUAUUUUGAUUAAAUAAUAGUUUAUGUAUAGUAACUUAUUAAGGAGAAUAUAUUAAUGGAAAUAAAAUAGGUAUUUGGAAUGUUAUACAUAAUAAAAGAAUAAGGUAUUUGAUUUAUUAUUUUUAAGAGCUUAUGGAAUAUAUGAAUUAAUUGGAUAGAAAUUUGGAAAAUGGAUUCAAUUAUAUGAUAAUUAUUAUGAGUAAUUUUAAUAUUUAUCAAAAGUCUAAAUUAAAUUAUAGAAAUUGGAAAUUAUGAAAAUGGAAAAAAAUGUAAAGAUUGGACAAUAAUGAUGAAAAUACCAUAUUAUGAAAGAAAUAUAAAAAUGUAUUUUCAAAAUUAAAUAUUAGUGGAGGUGGAAUAUAUGAUGAAAUUGAAGGUAAAAAAGUUGGAUUUUGGGUAGAACCACAUUUUAAUUUUUAUGAGUAAUAAUUAAUAUAUAUCAAUAGAGAUUGUUAAAUAAUAAUGAUAGGGGAUUAUAAUAUGGGUAAUAGAAUAGGAAAUUGGGAAAUAUAUUUUAGAAUGAGUGAAAAAUCUAAUUAUUAAACCAUGUAUUAAAAAUCUAAUUUAUAAUUUAGUGGAUAAGGAAAUUAUAAUUAAAAUGGUAUUAAAUUUGGAAAAUGGGAUGAAUUAUAAGAUUCUUAUGAUUGGUUACAUUUAUAAUAUUAUUUAUAGUAAUCAUUAAAUUAUUUACUCAGGAGAAUAUGAUAAUGGUUAAAAAAAUGGUUUAUGGGAUAUAAAAUAUAGAACUUUGUAAGAAUAAUUUUAAAAAAUGUAUAAAUAAAUAUUUAAAUAGUGGUGGUGGUAAUUAUGAUAAUGAUUAAAAAAAUGGAAGAUGGAUUGAACCUAUAUAUAAUUUCAAUUAGUAAUUUUAUUAUUUCUAUUAGAGUCAAAAUUAAAUAUUUUUUGAUGGAUCUUAUUAAAAUAAUUAAAAGUUAGGUAAAUGGAAUUUAUUAUGUAAAAAAAGUUAUGAAGAUUAAUAUUAAAUUUUGUAAAUUAAUUAAUUUUAAUUUAAAUAGAGGUGGAGGAAAUUAUGAAGAAAAAUAUGGUACAAAAGAUGGUAUAUGGAUUGAAAUAAAUGAUUUAAAGAAUUUAAAUUAACAAACUAAAAUUGCUAAGACAAACUUUUAAAAUGGAAUGAAAUUAUUUCCAAUUAAAAAAUUUUUUGUUUUAUGA